GUCACGUGAACCGCUUCCGCUUUCAGUAAUCAUGGCGCCCGGCUGAAGCAGAGCCUCUGCAUGCAUUCAUUCCUAAAGGCUUUGGAUUUCUCUUUCGCAGCGGAGCCGUACACGAUACGUUUUACUUUAGUUUCGGGACGCAGAGGUGCGCGUGUGGGGCGUUUACGCUCUGCGGAAUUUACUGGAAUAAAAGGGUGAAGGAGACACACCGGCACGAUGGGGAGACGUUCAACCUCCUCCACCAAGAGUGGGAAGUUUAUGAACCCCACCGACCAGGCCCGAAAGGAGGCCAGGAAGAGGGAGUUGAAAAAGAACAAGAAGCAGAGGAUGAUGGUGAGAGCUGCUGUGCUGAAGAUGAAGGACCCCAGACAGAUAAUUAAAGACAUGGAGAAGCUGGAUGAGAUGGAGUUCAACCCAGUGCAGCAGCCCUUGCUGAAUGAGAAAGUGCUGAGGGACAAGAGGAAGAAGCUACGCGAGACGUUCGAGCGCAUUGUCCGGCUCUAUGAGAGAGAAAAUCCCGAAACCUACAAGGAGCUACGCAAACUUGAGUUGGACUAUGAGACCAAACGAGGGCAGCUGGCUCUCUAUUUUGAUUCGGUCAAGAAUGCAGAGUCAGUGGAGGUCGACAGUAUCCCUUUGCCAGAUAUGCCUCAUGCACCCUCCAAUAUCCACAUCCAGGACAUCCCACUACCAGGAGCUCAGCCCCCCUCCAUAUUGAAGAAAAACGUCUCCUUUGGUAAAGGACCUCUGUCAGCAUCUUCCGGACCGAUUCUGGCAACAGUGCCAGGUGUGCCACGAUUACCUGCAGGGAAGAAGCCCCCUGGACCCCCACCUGGGCCCCCACCUCCACAGGUUCUGGCACUGUACGGCAUUCCUGCUCGACGAGCUCAUGGCACCGACACGGAGCCUUCCAUUCCUGGUUUAGAGAAAGACUCUCCGAUGGAGUUGGGAAGAGAUCGGGGCAGCGACAGUGACAGUGACAGAGAUCGGGAUGAUGUGGACGACGACGAAAGUGACUCCGAGGAGGACAGCGAAGACGAGAGAGAUGAAGGAGUUGAGGGCGACCUGAGAAUGAGUGUGGACCGGCCCGAUGAUGAGAGGGAAAGGGAGGAGGAUAGAGACAGAAGUGAAAGACACGCUGGUCGCAGUGUACGAUUCGCUGACAUGCCUCCAGAGGCUCUCCGUGAAGGAAAGAAGAAGAAAAAGAGGGUGGUGAAGAAGACGAAGGCCAUUACCCCGCUGCAGGCUAUGAUGUUGAGGAUGGCAGGUCAGUCGGUUCCUGACAACGCAGAAGAAGAAGAGGUAGAGGAGGAAUACACGGAUGAAUCGGACAGCUCAGACAUCGAGGACAGGGGACCACCAGGGGAAAACCCGCCCCACCUCAUGGCUAAUCCGCGUCUGCCCCCUCCUGCUGGGCCAGUGGGACAGCAAGGGCCUCCACACCUGCAAGGUCCUCCAAUGACUGGGCCUCCACCACUAGGUCCACCCCCAGCUCCUCCCAUGAGGCCUCCUGGUCCACCCUCUGGCCCACCUCCAGGUCCACCACCAGGUGCUCCCCCGUUCCUGAGGCCUCCUGGUAUGCCUGGAGGCAUGAGGGGUCCAAUGCCUCGUCUUCUGCCUCCUGGACCUCCGCCAGGUCGGCCCCCAGGACCCCCACCAGGCCCCCCACCAGGCCUUCCACCAGGCCCCCCACCACGAGGACCACCUCCCAGACUCCCACUCCCUGCACCACCAGGUAUCCCACCUCCUCCCCCAAGAGCAGGAGGGCCCCCGCGUCCACUCGCCCCACCACUCUCCCUCUUUCCUCCACCCCUCAACACCAACGUUCUCAGUGCUCCUCCCAACAUUGUCCAGCGACAAAAAGGCUCAGGAUCCAACCAGGAUGGUUCACAAGGCAACAUGCCGCCCCCUUCCAUGACCAUGCCUAUGCCCAUGCGACCGGGCGUCAUGCAGAUGCCUCCUCCACCUGGUACAGCUGCCGCCCCAACAGGUCCCAAUCCUGGCGGCAACCCCUCCGGCCACCACCACGCAGCCACCAUCGAAAAGCGGCCCAACAUCACCUCCGUCGCAGCAGCCGGAGGCGGCCUGUCUGCUGGUGCUGGCUCCGGUGGGGCCACCAUCUCUGCCAAACCUCAGAUUAUCAAUCCAAAGACAGAGGUCACCCGCUUUGUGCCCACGGCACUGAGGGUGCGCAGGGACAAGAGCGGAGGGAUGCACGGGGCAUCAGCUGGACAUCUGGAGAAAAGAGGAGGAAGGAGGGGAGAUGACGGCAUGGGUGGUGGACAUGGGCAGAAACAGCAGACAACAGCUGCUGCGAUGGGCUUGGUCCACCAAGUCCAGAUGGGUGCUGUGUCUCAGUCCAACAUGAAGACUAAAGACCAGAUGUACGAAGCCUUUAUGAGGGAGAUGGAGGGACUCCUCUGAGACUUGGGAGGGUACUCGGGCGGAUCUUCAGUGGGGUUCAAAGGUGAAUUUGUUUUCUGUGCAGAGUUCUAGAGGUAGCUGUCUUCAUGGCAGUCGGCUAGAUUAGUUUAUUUUUUAGGAAACCAAGGAAAGCCAGCUAGACCCAGCAAUGGUCUCACCAGGCUCAUCUUCACCUGAUUUGAUUUGUUGUAUCAAGGAGUAAGUUAAUCUAUUUGAUAAUACAUUUGAUUAUACAUGAAAUUUGGAAAAUGUUUAAAUAGUUUGCUAUUAAGACCCGACUCAUAAGAAGAACACUACUCCCUGCUGUGAAAACAUUGUCUGCCGGAGGCUACCUGUGCUUUUUGUCCUCCAGUGUGUCAUUUUUUUUCCUUUCCUACAACUGGCAUUUUUUCUUCCGGCCAACUGUUUGUGUUUUGCCAUGACCAGAAAAAGCAUUUUGUAUGAUUGUUAUUUUAUCGCCUAAACGUAGACAUAAAGGAAAAUAAAGGUGUGGACUGUUUGGUCAACCACUGUAUACAUGUCUGAAACGAUUUGAUCUACAGCGAAAUAAAUACGUUUUUACCUACA